AUGGGUGGCCUUGGGUGUGCUCUUGCGCUCGCUAAGAAAGGAUUCAAGCACAUAUCUGUGUACGAGACCGCCUCCAACCUCGGGUUCGUCGGAGCUGGCAUUCAAUUGGCCCCGAAUAUGAACCGGAUCCUAGACAAACUCGGCUGUUGGAAGGAGAUAUAUGCGGAAGCGACAAAUGUCAAGGAGACCAGCAUAAGACAGGGUAGCAGCAACACCGAGCUAGCCCAUGUCGAUAUGCCCGAUGUCGAGGACAAGUUUGGUUAUCCCCAUUGUACUGGUCAUAGAUCAUCACUCGCAGGUGGCAUGUUCAAUGGAUGUAAGAAGGAGAGUGCCAUCAAAUUCAACUUCUCUUCCGCGUUGGUCCGUGUCGACUCCUUUUCACCCAAACCAACUUUCACAGUCAAGCCGCGAGAGGGAGAACCGUAUAGCGUGGAGGUCGAUGUGCUGCUCGCAGCUGAUGGCAUCAAGAGCAUCACACGCUCACAGAUUCUAAGCUCCAUCGGCGAAGACUCUGAAGAAGAAGAUACGGGACAGGCCGCCUACCGGAUCAUGCUAAACCGAUCCGAGAUGGAGAACGAUCCGGAGAUGAUGGAGCUGUUGGACAGCGAUCUAGUGGUGCGGUGGAUCGGCGAGAAGCGCCAUAUUAUCGCGUAUCCCGUCUCCUCCAAGACCAUAUAUAACCUGUCCUCCGCGCAGCCGGAUGUGAACUUUGCCAAAAGCAUAUCUGCAACUUACACGACCAAGGGCUCCAAGUCCGCGAUGCUCAACGUUUUCCACGACUUUUGCCCACUCGUGCAGCGGAUGCUCAAUCUCGUCCCUGAUGGCGAGGUGUGCGAGUGGAAGCUACGCCAGCACAAGCCGCUGUCUACCUGGUCUGUCGGCAGUGUUGCACUGCUUGGUGAUGCUUGCCAUCCUACAUUGCCCCACCUUAGUCAGGGGGCCGCAAUGGCCAUCGAGGACGGCGCCGUCAUCGCCGAGGUGUUGGCACGCCUGCCGGACCUCAGCCCGGAGACGAUACAUCGUGGGCUAAAGACGUACGAGGGCCUGCGGAAGGAGCGCACGAGCAUGCUGGUUGACCUCGCUGCCUUCUCGGGACGAACACUCCAUCUCGGGGAGGGCAAGGCAAAGGAAGAGCGUGAUAGGCAGUUUGCGGCGCACAAGGACAAGAAAGGGGCAAUCCCGGACAAGUGGGCGUCGCCAGAUGUUCAAAAGAUGAUUUACUCGCACGACUGCAUGCAGCAUGCGAAGGACCACUUCGACGAGGUGUUUGCAAGCAUCACAUAG